GAAUCGGACCCGGCCGCUCAGCUUUCCUCUCCUUAGCUUCAGGAUCAUUUUCAGAAGAUUCUCGUCUCCGGAUCCGACCUGGAAUAGUUCCAGAAUCCGGUUCUUCCACUGCUCCGAUCCCAGAUCGAUUCAGAACCACUGGAGGUUCUGGUUCUGGUUCUGGAAGUCCGGUUUGCUGAGCAGGAAUGGAGAGCGAGGAGGACGACGGCGUGUUCCUCCACACCUUCAGGACGGUACCGAGCCCCGGGCCAAGCAGAGCUGACAGCAUGGGAGCGGAACCUGCCGGGCCGGCAGAACCGGACCAGGAGAAUCGGGCCGGUCCAACGGGCCUGAGCGCCAUCGAGUUCCGGAUUCAGCAGCUGCACAGCCGGCGGUUCCUGCUGCUGAAGAUGCAGCGCUGCACCAAGAAGGAUGAGCAGAACAGAACCGGAACCGCAGAGGAACUGAUCAUUGAGGAUGAAGAUGAGGAUGACGAGCUGCGGGUCGUGCAGAAGGAGCUGGAGGAGCUGCAGGCCAGGAAGGAGGAGCUGGAGCAAAGCGGAGUCACCUUCACGGCCAGCGCCGACAGAGAUUGCACAGUACAGCGGCCGUCCUACAAGGAGACGCCGCGCGGAGGGAUCUAUAUGCUGCCGCCGCCACCGGGCAGGGAGGGAACUGGCGCAGCAGACGGAGCGACACACGACGCCCUGCCAGCGGAGCGGCUGGGAAGGACAGCCGGGCUCACCAGGUGUCCAUCUUGUGGAGAGCUGGUGGUCACAGAAACCCACAGCACCAUCAGUGAAAGCAUGUAUCUGCUGUGCGCGCUGUGCUGCAUGGUGGGCUGUGUGGCGGGUUGUUGUCUCCUGCCGUUCAACAUGAAGCGUCUCAGGAACGUUCAUCACCUCUGCCCUCAGUGCCGCCACCAGAUCUACACCUACAAGCUGCUCUGAAUAGUGCGGUGUGCAUUCGUGUUUCCAUCUUUUUGCUGCAGUUCAUUGGAAAACAGAAUCUCAGUCAGAUGGGAUAAAAUCAGCUGCUUCCCCGCAGCAUGAUGCAGCCGCUGCCGUGCUUCAGUGGACAAACGCCGCAGGUUGCGAUGUGACUAAACGGGUCGAGUCGUUUCUGCCAGGCAGGCGCAGCGUCGGACCGGUCGGAUCGGACCGGUCGGAUCGGCCCGGCCGGAUCGGACCGGCCGGAUCGGACCGGUCGGAUCGGACCGGCCGGAUUGGACCGGGUCCAGCUGUAAACAUUUCCUUUGCCAGUUUGAAUGGAGCUUCUGUUUGGACACCUGCAGGAAACGAUUAUCAUCAUUUCAUCUCCCAGGCAAAUGCAGCAGCACAACGUUUACUGCAGGUUCCACGUUUUGUUUCUCAUUAAAUUCAGCAAACAGUUUCAUUCAUUCAUUCAUUUCCUGAGUUUCAGAGCCGUUGGU